AUGCUAAAAGAACCUGCGACCCCCGAAAAAACCGCCAGCACUCUCACCCUCCCCGGCUCCCGUCAAAACUCCUCCGCACAUCUUCAAGUCCAGCGGAGCACCUCUGUAGACGCACCCAGUACCACCAAACCACGUGUAACAUAUAAAGAUGACGACCCCAUCACCCAGUACUACCAGCGGAACCACUAUACGGUGACUGGCGGGAUUCAGGAGACAUUCAACAAGUUGCCGAGGAAUGUGUCGGCGAAUAGGUUCAAAGUGGAUAAGGCGUCGAUUAGUCAUAAGAGUUUUGGAAGGGACACCGCGGAUACAGAGAUGAUGCAGAUGUUGCCGCAGGAAAGACAAUUCGACAAAUCCUUCUACUGGUUCGCCAUGCAUCGCAAAAAGUUCGGUUUUCGCUACAUCGCCCUAUUGUUUUUGGCGCUUGCCUACACUCUAUUCGGAGCUACAGUAUUCUAUCUUAUCGAGGGGUCCCAUGAGAAAUCGAUACUUCGUGUGCGGGAGCAGAAUCUGGAUAAGGUGCUGGAUCAGCUGGCGAAGGUGUUGUCAGAGGCAGUGAAUGAUCCGGAGCAGAGUUCGGAGCAUCAAAGGAUGAAAGAUUUUAUAAAAGAAUCCUAUAUAUCCCUCCAGAAACAUGAAGAACAAUACAAAUGGAGCACAUAUUACCGCUUGGAAAACCCGGAUAACCUGAAAUGGUCGUUUUCCAGCGCCUUCUUUUUCAGUAUGAAUGUCUACACCACAACCGGUUAUGGUUCAAUUUCAGCGCAGACAUUCGGCGGCCAGUUGUUCACCAUGCUAUACGCAUUCUGUUUCGUGCCGAUGACCCUGGUGAUUCUCAGAGACCUCGGACAAAUGUUUCUGGUGAAUUUCACGAAGUUGUAUGCGCACGCGUUGACUUUUGUGAGGAGGAUGAGGGGGAAGAGGGAGAUUGACGAGGAUGAGAUGAUACAGUUGCCCGUGAAGUAUUGUAUGGGGAUAUUGAUAGCCUACCUGCUCCUCUGCACCACGUUCGUCUACCUCUAUGACGCCAUCAUGGGUCCAGAAUGGGACGACGGUCUCCCCUACUUCACCGCCUUCUACUUCUCAUUCAUCUCUCUCACCACAAUCGGUCUCGGCGAUGUUAUGCCGAAUAAUGUGCCGUACGCGCCGCCCGUCUCUAUCAUCUUUUUCAUCGGGAUGGCUGUGACGAAAGUGGUGAAUCGUGCCACGUUUAUUGCCGUGGAGAACGGGGUGUUUGGAUUAAUGACACUAGCGGAAACUAAAAUCGAUCAGGUGCUAACCAAAAACCCAGUUGAGGCGCGUACGGUAGCUCCAGUGAAUCGUAGGAAGGCGUCGACGUCUUCUGGUUCUUCAGAUGGCUCUUCCCAGUCUUCAGAGGGUCCUGGAUUUGCAUUGUAUGACAAUUCAUCGACGGAUAGUGUAUCAGAUGAUGGGCUCAUCAACCGCCGUCGCAACGAGAUGAUGAACACCUUCACCGUCCGCUCCAUAGCCACCUUCAUGCGAUCCAACCAUGACGUCUAUGGUGGAGGAUUCGGAAGGGUCCAACUGAGAAGAGGGGAUCUCAUGAAUCAUAAUCAUACCGUAACUGGAGGGACACAUCGGGUUAGACCCGUUUAG